AUGAAUGUCUUGACAGCUUGUACUUUUGACUUGAAAUUCACGUACGUAUUACUUGGGUGGGAGGGCUCCGCUUCAGAUUCAAGAAUUUUAGAUAAUGUGUUAAGUAGAGAAGAUAAUCUAAAUGCCCCUCAAGGUAAGUUCUACUUGGUCGAUGCUGGAUAUAUGUUGAGGUCAACAUUUCUCACUCCAUAUCGAGGCACUCGAUAUCAUUUGAAAGAAUAUUCUCGACAUCCGCCUGAAAACCCAAAAGAGUUAUUCAACUUAAGACAUUCCUCAUUACGCAAUGCAAUUGAAAGAACUUUUGGUGUUUUGAAGAAUAGGUUUCCAAUAUUAGCAGAAAUGUCUAGAUAUGAUGUAGAGACAGUGAAUGAAAUUGUUUUAGCAUGCUGCAUCUUGCACAACUUCUUAGUAGAUUUUGAUCCAGAUGAAGAAAUUAUUGCACAAGUUGAUAGGGAUCUCAUGAAUAAUGAGUCUGAUCAUGAACUUGCUAAUGGAGCAAUUGCUAGAGGAGAAGAUGGACGAAGGGGGGAAAUCUUAAGAGACUCUAUUGCCGCACAAAUGUGGAAUGAUUAUAUAACUAGACAUUGA